AUGGCGGCUCGUUCUCGGUACUUGGCCACGACCACCUACAUGGCCACUCCAUCUGCCACGAUCGUAGGCACUCCCUUUGUCCGAAUGUCACAAACUUCCAUGCUUCGAUUAGGCGCUACUUCGCGAGGCAUCUCCUCCUCCGCUGUGCAUUCCUUCUGGGCCCUCACGCCGCCGCCAGCUGGCGAAGGAAGACUACGCGUGUCGGAGGCCGCCUGCGCGCGAUACUACGCCACGGGUGGCAGUCUGCCCGACAGCAAUCAAUCGCCCAAGGCGGUGUCGGCGGAGGACAAGGAGGCGGUGCCCAAGAAGACGCUGGUGGGCCGAGCGGUCCACUCCACCAAGAAGGUGGUGACGUUCAUCAAGGAGGGCAUUCACCACUACUGGCUCGGCUCCAAGCUGCUCGCCCUCAACGUGCGCACGGCCUUCAAUAUCGCCGUGCGACUCAAGAACGGCCACACCCUCACGCGACGAGAGAGGCAACACAUGAUCAGGACGACGGCCGACCUGUUCCGACUGGUCCCCUUUGCGGUGUUCGUGAUCGUGCCCUUCAUGGAGUUUUUGCUGCCGAUCGCCCUCAAGAUUUUCCCCAACAUGCUGCCCUCGACCUUCCAGGACACGAUGAAGAAGGAGGAGGACAUGCGGAAGCAGCUGCUGCUCAAGCUCAAGAUGGCCAGCUUCCUCCAGGACACCCUCCAGGAAAUGGCUGAGACCGGAGAAACUCAUGCGGAUAUCCCCAAGGAGGAGUUCCUGGACUUCAUGAAGAGAGUCCGUGGCGGCGGCGAGGUGUCGGGCGAGGAGGUGCUCAAGUUCGCGAAGCUGUUCAAGGACGAUUUUACCAUCAUGAACCUUUCCCGCGCCCAGCUGUCGUCUAUCUGUAAAUUCCUCAACCUCCGACCCUACGGUACCGACGCUUUCAUGCGAUGGCAGAUCUCUCGCAGGGUGUCAAAGCUGAGGGAGGACGACACCAUGAUUGCGCAGGAGGGCGUCAAGUCGCUCACCUUCGAAGAACUCCAGCAAGCCUGCAUCGCCCGCGGCAUGCCCGCCACCGGCCUCUCCAAGGUCGCCCUCAGGGAGCAAUUGGAGGAAUGGCUGGAUUCUUCGCUCAAUGAGCAGUUGCCCGCCGUAAUCCUCAUUCUGUCUCGCGCCCUCUCUCUCACCACCGCGAGUCAGAAGGUGGACGCAGCUCUGCGCGAGACGAUAUCGACGCUGCCGGAGGAUGUCGUGGAGGAAGCCGAGCUGGAGAUGGACCUGCAGAAGGGCGCGCCCUCCGACCGACAGCUCA